GUCCUGGCUUAUUGGUGAGACAGUCCAGUCAGAUGGGAAAUUAUACAUAACUACACCAGUUGACAUCUCUUAUCUCAUCCUGCCAUAUUUAAUGCAGGCCACCAAAAAUGUUCCUCUUGAUCACUUAUUGGAAGACGACAAGUAUCCAGCCAUAGUACAUGUAUCUAGUCUUGCAGCUGGGAAAGAUUUCUCACAUAUUGCUGACAGGAAAGGAAGUCCAGAUCUGGGUGUGUGGAAGUAUAGUAAAGAGUCAACCUUGUCUUGGUUGGAAGGUCGAGUAAGGAAGCUUUCCACUCUCUUGCAGGAAAAGAAAGUUCCUACUUCUAAUGCCCAGAGUUUUACCUAUGUCCGUGCAAUGAACCUAGAACAAACACAGG